UUUUUUUCUCACCCUUUUUCUUUUUCUCACACCCCUCUUUGAUUCAAUGCCAUCUAUAACUUUCUAAGCUGCUCUAUCAGCUGCUUUCUCUCGCCUUAUGAACAGUCCUCUCUCUCUUUUCUGUCUUUGCAACUGUAACUCCCAUGCUCUUAAUGUCAUUAACAGGUGCUUGUCCAAAAUAGAAGCCUUGCCCAUACAAACACAAACAUCCGUGGAUCAGCUGACAUACAUUCGAUUUACUUUCCCACAGACGUGCAAAACUCACACUGACAUAAACUGGAAAAUGUCAAAUCUGUCCAUGCACAGAUAAAUACUCUUGCCUGAACCUUCUGCUUGGUGAUUAAGCUGUCAUACAGUCAUACUGUCAUACAUAGUCUUUACAACUUGAUUUCAUGAGCCCCAGUCCCAGUUUUCUCCACCCUUCUUUUUUCUGUCCCUCUCUCUUUUUCUCUCUCGCUCUCUUUAAAUCCCUCCUUCUCCUCCUCUCUCAGCUGAGUUUCGUGUAUCUAGUCAUCAGAUCUGCACCCGCACAGAACAGGUUCAUCAAAAAGAGGAAUGUGUCGUCUUUUCACGGCUAUAUAAGGCUUCAAUCCAGUGUCUCUCAUCAAGUGGUUCUUUUCAUCUACCCAUUAUUCCUGUCUAGUUUCUUAUCAAACCUUCUCUCGUUUGUAGACGUCCGUUAAUUCCCACUCUGCGCUCUUCAGAAAUGACCCCCUGUCACAUGAAUUUCUUGCACGCUGGAUUCCUUUUAAAUCACAGAACAUUGUAAUUCACUAUCAUUUCCUGUUCCUUUUUGAGCUUUCUAUUAAUACACCUCUCUGCGUUCUCAUUAUCUGUCCAUCUGUCUAACUCCAGACUAAUGUCUCUAGUCUCCUGUUUUUUGCUUUAGUUUUGUUUGUCCCCUUUCUUGACUUUGCCUCUGGGAGUUUCGCCACUCAUCUCCAAGCAUUGUGGCUGCCAUGUGGUCCAACUUAUUUUUGCAGCAGGAUGAGGACGGGAGAGCGGGUAUGGCAGCUUUGGGUGGAGUUGGCAGUAAGAGUGGGCGUUCAGGUAAACGGUCGAGGCCCCCUCGAAUGAGUGACAGCCAGGAAGGCAAGAUCAAGCUGGCAUUUUUCGUCGCUCUCAUAGGCGUGACUCUGACGGUGCUUGGCAUGGGCACAGAGUUCUGGGUGGAGCUAUCCCAGCCAAAACACUUCAGGAACAACCAGACGUGUGAGAUGGCACAUUACGGCCUUUGGAAGUCAUGCGUUCGCACGCUAUGGGUGUCAGAUAUUGACCCAGAGAGAGAGAGCUGUGGACCUGCAGAACUGCCUGGAGAAUCAAACUGCACAUUCUUUAAAUUCUACACAUCUGGAGAGAAUGCUGUCAUAUUUAAGAAAACGACAGAAAAAAGUUUACAUAUAGCAGGUGCAAUGUUGGCUUUGUUGAGUUUGUUUCUGAUGAUCAUGGGCUCUGUGUGUAUCACUAUGUCUCUCAGUAAGAGUGUGCCCUUCUUCCUCAAGCCUGCUACCAUCUGCUUCGUCUUCUCAGGUAUCCUGGUCCUCCUGUCCAUCAUAGUUUUCCACCAGUCUGUGCUGGCGUUAUUGGCAAGCGAUCACAGUAUCCCUCUCCAUCAUGAGUUGUCCUGGUCAGUGGCGUGUCUUGGCUCGGCUGCGGCCAUUCUCAUUUUUGGAGGGCUUAUGUUCCUGUUGCUUUCCCUCCCCUACAACCCCCUGGAGAAAUGUUUUCGUCAGCAGAGCAGUAGCGAUGCCUAGCUGUCAGAGGACUGCCAGCGAGUUAAGUAGCACAAGAUCUUUUAUACUCUUAUGCUGCUUGUGGAGAUUAACUGAUGUUAUAAAGGACUCUCAAAAGCUAAUGUUUUGCAAAAACUAGCAUUAGUUUGCUCUUCGAUAAGAUGAUAGACCUUAAUGCUCAUACACCGACUCUGAAAUUUGAACCGGUAUUUCUAUGAUGGUUAUGUACAUCAAAUCAGUGACCAACAGAUCUGUUUACUGUCUUGAAAGGCUUCAUUUACACAACAUGCUGUGCUAUUAUGCAUUGUCCCUUUAUCUGCAUUUGUAUAAGAAACCUUAUUUGAUUACUAGGCAUAUAAUACUGACUUAUCAGGUAUUUGUGGGUUGAAAGUGUUGAUUUUUUUUAGGCCAUCCUAUCAAUGCUAAAGCCUUGUUCCCACCAAGAAAGAUAACUAUAUUAGUGUCAGAUAACAUUCUGGGUAUUAUAAGAGCACACUGCUGUUUUAAAUGCUUGAGCUCUUUAAAGUUGAGUGGAUUCUGAUUGGCUGUCAGUGCUUUUAUCAUUCAUCAGCUAGAGAAAAAAAAAUCAUUCUGAAAAUGAUUCCCGUAAUAUCGUUCCUCUGUGGCAUUUUCAAUAUAGCUGUGGUGCAGACUUCUCUAUUCUCAUAGAAUUAGAAUGAUUAUUAAAACUUUAGAGUUAUAGUUACUAUUAUUGUUAUCGUCAUUGGUGCAAACAGGCCUUUAGAAUAAAACUGCAAACCAGCUUUACAGGUUUAUGCUAUUAAGAAAUGGCUUGUGUACCAUCAUAGCCGUUCUGUUUAAUAACGAGACUUGGCAGGUGAGUUUCAUUGACCAUAAUUAUGUUUAUAGUAAACCAGCUACAGUGAU